AAACGCCGCGCAGAGCGCUGACGCUGUUGCGGCAAUUUCGAAGGGAGGAGCAAGCUUUGAAAAUUUUGACAACGGUCCCAAAAAUGGCAGACAAUCAGCAGAGUAGAUUCGAGAAAUCCCUUGGCUUAUUAACCACGAGGUUUGUCACGUUGUUGCAAAAAGCUAAGGAUGGCGUGCUCGAUUUGAAAGUGAUUGCAUUGGCAUUGCAGGCUGCCGACAUAUUGGAGGUACGGCAAAAGAGGAGAAUAUAUGAUAUUACUAAUGUUCUGGAGGGUAUUGGACUGAUUGAGAAAAAGAGUAAAAACAGUAUUCAAUGGAAAGGUGCUGGGCCUGGUUGCAACACACAAGAAGUCGGAGAGAAGCUAACAGUCUUAAAAGAUGAAUUAAGGAAACUAGAGGAACACGAACAGUUGUUAGAUAAGCACACACAGUGGAUUCAACAGAGCAUAAAAAAUAUUGAAGCUGAUAUUGUAAAUCGAAAGUAUGCGUAUAUUACAUAUGAGGAUGUUAAGCAGAAGUUCUCAAAUGAGUUUAUAUUGGGCAUUCAAGCUCCUCCAGAAACUCAAUUAAGUGUACCAAAUAUUAUGAAGGUAAUGGACGAGGAUGAAAGGGAUAUAAAUUAUGAAAUCUUUUUAAAAAGCAAUUCAGGCGAAAUCAAAGUAUACAUGAUUCAACCUGAAUUAGCGGCAACAUAUGACAAUAAAGUCUUAGAAAUGAGAUUGCAAGAAGGAACAAAGGGGACAAAAAGGGAAAAAGAGGAAGAAGAGAAGAAGGAGGAUUCAAAACCAAAGAGGAAAGUCGGAAGGCCACCAAAGGCAGUUAGUAAACUUGAUCCAGUAUUGUCAGAUGAGGAUGACGAAGAUGAUCCAGAAUUAAUAGAAGCGAAAAUAGUCCUUAGUGAUGUUAUAACCUCAGACAUUGUCAGAACAGACUUGGACUUACUGGACGAGUUUUAUUCAGACUUUUGUGGUCCUUUGGUAAGACUAAGUCCACCACCGGGAGAAAAAGACUACCAAUUCAAUUUAAGUGAGAACGAGGGAAUUUGUGACCUCUUUGACAUUGUAGCAAAGUGAAUGCAGUUAAGCCCGUUGUCCCUAGCAAGUUGAUAUACCGGCGAGACGUGUUGAAACAAACCAGUCAUUAUCUCUGACUGCAUCAGAUAUGCAGAGUAUACAAUGUAUUAAAUGAACAAACAUUGCGGAACCUGCAAUUAUAAUUUGUUGCCGAGGUUCGAUUGAAGGUAUGGCAUCGCCUGAUUUAUUUUGAGGAACAGAAGGGUAGAAAUCCUUUAGGACACCCAUGUGCAGAUAUUAUGAUAUAAAUAGAAGUGUACACAUCAUGUCACGUGACUGCGAUCAUUGAAGUUUAAAAGUAUAUUACAUGGAAUUGGAAGUUGCCAGGCAACUUCGUAUUAUUUUCUUUUUUAGUGUGGUAAAGUGUACAUCGACAAUGAGCGUUAACAUGCAUUAGGAUCGUUCAAUUUCUUCGAUCGUAUUUGGUUAGAAGAGUUAUAUUAAAUAAUAUUUUUGUGAUCAUCGCAAGCUGAAUCUUUUCAGACAUUUCGUGAUUCUCGAUAUUUUUAAUAUGUUCUAGAUCGCUAUAUAAUAGUUGUGCAUUUAGUGAGGAUGCGUAUAUACCUGUUAGGUAAUAUGUGUUAAGAACUAGGAAUUAUGUUAAGAAAUAUUGUAAACGAUUAUAUUGUGCUAAUCAGAAGCAUUUUAUUUCCUUGCGAUAGGAGUCUGAUGUAGAUAAAGCGUGAAUUCAGAAGUA